AUGGUCUCACUUCUCUCGAUGGUGUGGAGUUCCUUUCACCAAGUUCGUCGAUCCUCUCCCCUCUCUCCCGAAAAAGUCGGAAUCUACCAAAAAACCAUGGAUGUUGGUCUCCUUCUUCCCUUAACCGAUUUCCAGGAGGAGGUGCUUCAAAGAGAUGGUUGCAAGGUUCAAAUGCUAACACCAAAUGUUGUGAACAAGGUUGUCGCUUUUGAGAUGAUCUGCCGGGCUAAUGAGUAUCUUCCUGAUUACUUCGUGUUUAAGUACUUCUUACACUUUUGUUGCACUGGUGAUAAAUACAUGUGA